AUGGACCAGCAGAACUCCGUGGUGGUGCUCAUAGCAGGAGGACACAGUGCCGGUAAGCGUACAGUGUGCGAUGAAAUCAGGGAUAACAUCAAGUCUCUGGGAGGUGUCAGCAUAAAGACCAUCGAGCUGGACCAAUUGGAAAGGCAGCCAUGGACCCUGGUCAGCAGUCCCACACGGUUCGACUUCAAGGCCCUGCUGAGGAAGAUUGACGAGCUCGAGGAGGAGGCACUGAAGGAAGACACUAAGCUAAUGAUCCUAAUACCAGGCUUAUACUCCUUGUUCGACAGAGAGCUGCGCCAGAGAGCAUCGAUGAAGGUGUUUGUAGACUGUGAUGCCGACACAAGGCUCAACAGGUGGAUCACUACAGAUGUGUUGAAGAACGGUAACUCGUUGACAGAGCUAUUGGAUAACUAUUUGAAGCACGCAAGGCCCGAGUUCAACGAGUUCAUUCAUCCGACAAAGGAGUUCGCAGACGUUGUCUUGCCGAGUGAACAGAGCCAUCUGGGGAUAUCACUGAUAUGCGACGGUAUCACUCCCAUGCUCACGACGAAAUGGGGAGAACGCAUCAUCCACGAGACUCUGUAUCCACGCUUUGGUGAGGAGGACCCUGAUCUCGACAUCUACAAAGGUCAGGAGUAUUACGAGUUGAACUGA